GUGCCCGCGUUGAAGACUGUAACUUGUAUUCAUCAACCUCACACACCCUCUCCCCAUGCCCACCCCCUUAUCUACUGCUCAUCGCGUGUACUCCCACCGUAUGAACUCCCCUAAUCGCCCGCGACCGGUCGUUAUUCCGACUUCUCUCCCUUCGGCGACAUUGUUUGAUCCCUCCUCAAUCAGUACACACCCAUCGGCCAAUGCCUUUACGGAUGAUCACCGACGCACCAUCCUGUUGCGCGGGAUAAAUGUUUCUGGCGACGCGAAAUAUCCCCAAAAUAAUCCCCUUGCCGGAACACCUGAAUUCUACGAUGACAACGUGAGCUAUGUUGGAAAACCUUUUGGAUCGGCGGACGAAGCCAAGGCCUGGUGGUGUCGGCUCAAGGGUUGGGGUGUCGGUGUUGUGAGAAUGGUUGUGUGCUGGGAAGCUUUGGAACCUAGAGAAAUGUGAGUUACCGUGGUUCUUGGUGCUUUUCACGGUGCCCCCCCCUCCGGAGCUGGGUCUUGGCGCUGAUGCGGCGAUAGGGGUAAAUAUGACGAUGAGUAUAUCGACUUUCUGAGAGUAAUCUUAGAGAAAGCCAACGAAGUUGGAUUAUUAGUCUUCAUUGAUUGUCACCAGGAUGUGGUAUGUAAGUCGCUCCCGGCGGAGAAAGCGCUUCUAAGAUAAUCUAGUGGUCCCGUUUCACCGGGGGCUCUGGUGCUCCCUUGUGGACAUUCCAUCUCGCGGGGCUUGAUCCUUCUGCCUUCCCUGCUACUUGCUCAGCAGCUCUCGAUUCUGCAGGGACCAGUGGUCAUUAUUCAACCCCCUCUGGUCGUCUUUGGCCUACUAACUACUCCAAAUUCGGCCCCGCGACCAUGUUUACACUCUUUUUCGCCGGCGAGAUAUUUGCGCCCUCAGCAAUCUAUGAGGGGCCAAUUCAAGAGUUCCAGGCCAAGAACAUCGGCCAAGUACUUCGUAUAGCCUAUGUGAGGGCAUAUUCCCAUCUCGCCUCGCGAUUGAGAGAUCUACCAAACAUCUUGGGAUUUGACGCCAUGAACGAACCUCACCCCGGGUACAUUGGAUUGCCCAGUCUGCAUCGGUUCAAUGAAAAUACCGAUUUGCAUCUUGGAUAUAUGCCUAAUGCACUGGAAAGUAUGUCACUAGCUGCGGGUAUCCCAACUUCAAUAGGAUACUACUCAAGGUCGUGGCCGCAUCCCUCGAGGAGGUCAAGGAGUGAAGUUCUUAACAAAGAAUGUAAAUCUGCGUGGCUACCGGGGAGGAGGGAUGUCUGGCGAGAAGAGGGUGUAUUUACCGUCGAAGACGGAAAAGUCAAGUUGGGAUCUCGCGGAGAUAGCUAUUUCAUGACAAAUCCUCUCACGGGUAGUGAAGUAGAUUUUGAGAAGGAUUGCUACGUUCCAUUCCUUCGCUCAUUUAUGCGAAGUGUCGGGGAUGCAGUCAAAGGAUACAACGCGGGUAGGUGGAUGUUUAUUGAACCGGUCCCCAAUCUCGGACCGCCCGUAUGGGGUGAUGACGAAACAAAAAAACCGGCAGAGCAGAACAUAUGCUACUCACCACAUUGGUACGAUAUCCGUGUUCUAUACGAAAAAAGCCUUUGGUAUGGUGUUACCUUUGAUGUUUUAUCACUCGCUAGUGUAAGUUUAUUGGUGCCUAGCAUGGUUGAGACUGUAUUGACUGUUACAGGGCUCUCGGAAUCUUCUUAAACAUACUUAUUUUGGCCGGGAAGGACUUACUGCUAAUUAUGCAACCAAUUUCGCCCGAUUCACCUCACAUUUGUCUACCUUCCGCCCCUCACCAUCCUCCCACACCCCAAUUCUCAUAGGGGAAACCGGGAUUCCAUUCGAUAUGAAUGGGCAAAAUUUAUAUGUUACCGGAGAUGUCCACAUGCAGCUUUCACAACUGAACUCCAUCUUCCACGGAAUGGAAAAAUCACUCCUCAACUGGACCGUAUGGAACCUUACACUCUCCCACUCAACUGCUGCAACCAGAGCAGAUACACCAGCGGCCAACGAAACGGGUGCUGCGAUCCAAUCUGGCGAUGGAUGGAAUAGCGAAGAUUUCUCCCUCGUCUCCCUUUAUAGCCCGAGUACUGUUGAGGUCCCUCUCGAGCCCUCACACUUUGGCCCAACCAAUGAAGGAGUACCCCUGACGCGGGCUCGUAGCUUCGGGAAUCUCUACCUUGGAGGAAGGCUGCUGCCGGCACUUCUUCGCCCGUAUCCCGCUAAAACGGCUGGGAAGUUAAUUUCUUCUCACUUUCUGAUGGACAGCAGGAACUUCCACAUGGAAUUCGCUGGAAACACAUCCGAAAAAGAGAUAGAGCGUACAACAGAGAUAUUUGUCCCUGCAUAUCACUUCUCCGGACAAAGAUGUUUAGUGAAGGUUAACGAUGGCCAUGAGCAAGAGUGGGUUGUGAAUACGCCUAGCGUGGACGCGAAAACUGAGGGAGGGGUUGAGUGGAGAUGGAGAGAGGAAAAACAGGGAAUGACGGUAGUUCACCCGGUCUCGGGGGGGCUGAUAACUAUCGAAAUCAGGGUUCUAGAAAAUGUGGAGAGUAGUAGCUUUAUAGAAACCUUGGUCGGAGGAUUUGUGUAAAUACCUUUCUGCUUAUAUUUCGCACGGUCGUGCGUCGUCGGUAGAUAGUCGCCUUUUAAGAUAGAAAGCCCAGCGUGCCUUUCUUCAGAACAGAAUAGAUAUCAAGAUCCUUUU